UGAUUAUAGUGAAUAUUGCACGCGUUUUGUGAUGUCUUAUGGUGUGAUGAAGUGUGGCGAAGUCUUUGAAAGUAUUCCUGUAAUCGAUUUUGGCUGUUCCUACUUUCUGUCUUAUAGUGCUAAAUAGUCUAAAUUAAAGGAAAACCCCAAUAUUUUUUAAUUAAUUAUGCAACAAAUGGAAAGUUAAAUAAAUAAUGAUUUAAAUAUUUGAAAUUAGAUAUUCGAUCUGUUUAUCUACUUGUGUGAAAUAUGGAACCAGUGAAUAUCUCAAAAAAAGUGGAAGAAUGGAGUCACGAAGAAGUUCUAUCGGUGUUGCAGCGAUGGGAGAUGGAAGAGUUUUGUGAAUUUGUGAAAGAAAAGCAAUUGGAUGGAAAAAAAUUAUUGAAUGUUACAGAAGGCAUUUUAAAGCUAUGGAAACCAAAGGCUGAUGCAAAAAAGGUUCUACUUUUCGUUAACGAUUUAAAAGAAAACCCCGAUAAGUACAUGAUUUUACCACAAUCCAAAAAGGAGAUAAUCAAAGUAAGCAAGGAGACAAAUAUUUGUCCAGAAAGUCAAUACCAGACGGUCACUGUAAGAAAGACGAGAGAAGAAGUCAAUUUAAAUACAGUUGAAGAAAUAUUGAAGAAGAUUGUACCUGCUAAGAGUUUCCUUUACAGAAAUCAGCAGAAGAGAACAGAGAAAGCCGUGACGUCAUAUUUGCCGAUGGACGCAGGAACUACAAAGAAGAAGAGUUUCUUCCGCCUCAGUUCAUACGAAUAUCCUUUCUUCGACAUUCGAUUAAGAUUUUCGAAAAUAGAAAAUAACACAGACAGAGGAUACUAUUCAGUUAAAUCAAACCGUUACUGUAUCCCAAAGGCGUGUAAAAAACAAGAAAUUAAAACCAAAUACAAAUCUCUUCCAUCACCAGAACCGAUUUCAGACAAUAUUAUUGAAGAUCAUUUUUAUGAAGAUUUAAAUUAUAAUGAAAUGAAUAAAAUUAACGAUACAAAAGAAACGCCAUCUAGUGGUCAAGGAGUUCAAGUUAAGCCUUGCAUGGUGAAGAUUCAGGAGCUUUUUCAGUCUUUCAAAUUUCCUUUCUUUAGGAAAAGCGAAGAAGUACUGCCGACUAGAAAAAUAUCUAAGGAAGAGAAAGACAUAAAUAUUUAUGAAAAUAACGACAGUGUUUUAAAUAUGUAUGACUCCAUACAUGUAAUGAAUGAUGAUGUCAAAGUUGAGAGUAAAGAAGAUAAACAUACUCUGCCAGUGGAGGAGUAUUUGGAGCCGGUGCAGCUGCAUCAGGAGUACUGCGACGUGCGCCGUCGCCACGAGGAAUCCCUGCUGGGCUACAUUAUGAACUACUUCGAGAAUAGACUCAGAAUCAGACGAGAAACAAAUGACGGAACUCAUUCCGAAGAUUCAGAGACGGAUUCAAAAGAGUGCGAUGACAAAUGGAGUACGAAGAAGACAUGCAACAUGGCGGCGCGCCCUCUGCCGGUGCCCGUCGAAAACGAGCCUUUCUAUAUGAACGUGGAUCGUGCGGAGGCUGAGAACCUGCUUCGUGGACAACCUGAUGGGACAUUUGUGCUUAGACCUUCCAGUCAGCCCAACCACGCGUACACUUUGAGCGUAUCAUGCGGCGGCGCGGUGCAUAACGUGGGCGUGCGGCGGCGUGCGGACGGCCGGCUGGCGCUGGGUUUCGCGAGACGCGGCGAGCGUAGCUUCCCCACGGUGACGUCACUGCUGCGCCACCACCGACGUCGGCGGCUGCUGCUGGUGGCUGCGGGUGACGUCAUCGGCGCCACUACGCUCGCUGAUACUCCGCACUACUACCAGACGCCCAGCAGUCUGCCCGUGUUACAUGUGUGACGUCACAUAAUCGACAGACGUGACUUCACGUUGAAUGUAGGCAACUCUAGAACAGGAAACACUUCAUUUGAAUGUUUUGAUUAUUGUCAACUAACAAAUUAUUCAAGAAAUUGAUAUAAUAGUUUAUAUUUAUUAAUUUUUUAAUUUACUUUAAUCACUGGCUGUUAUUUACAUUUGAUAUCUGCAUACAAUUAAACUUUAAUAUGAAUUGUCUGAUUUCAUAACACUACCGCUGGCAUUGCAUUCGCAGUCCCGUAGAGACACCGGACGAGUCACAUAGACUGUAGACGCUCUUCGCAAAUGUCAUGACCUUUUUAAUUUAGAAAAUAUUUUUUAAACAGAAUUUUUUGUGUUAUAAAUUGUAGGAGGAGAGAGCACAAGCUUUGGGGAAUAUUGUAUUGUAUUAUAUUAAAAUGUAUUACGAGUCUAAGUUGAAAUAUUACGCUCUGCCGCCGCCGCCGCCGCCGCCGCCGCCGCGGGGAUUAUUAUAAUACAUUGUAAAUGUCUAAAACUGAUGUCUUAUAAAUUCAGGUAACGACUAUUUAUGUUCAUCAUUAACAAUGAUACCUUGUUUAAUAUUAAUAUACAUACGUAUCUCAUAAUAAAUAUAUAUGAAAUAAGUACUUUAGUUUGCCUUAAAGAAUGGAAUAGUCUUACC